CUGGUGCUGUGGAGCAAUGAUACUAUAACUUCUUUUGGGUUGUUUUCGAAAUUGAAAUUGAAUAAGAAUACGUGCACGUCGCAUCGCAUAGUCAGUCUUUCGCUCAUUCGCAAUGUACUAGUCGUUCCUUACACACCUGUCCUUCUUUUCCUUUCCUCCCUUUUCCUAUUGUUCUGUCCUCUACCUCUCCUUUGUACGAAUACAAUGAUAUGACCAUGUGGGUGUACAACCAAUCCACCCCCGACCCUCACAGCCAUACCGCCACUGUCAUCACCAUAAGCAUCCUCUUUCCGGCUCUCGCCCUCAUCGCCAUCGCCUUCCGAUUCUAUGUUCGCCUGCGCUUAAAAAGGACGCCGUGGUUUGAUGAUUAUGCUGCGCUGUCGAGUGCUGUGUUGGGGGCUGUUUAUGGGGCGAUUGCUGUUGCUCAAACAAGAUGGGGCCUCGGUUUAAACACAUCAUCCUUCCCCGUUGAAAAUGUCGUUCCAUUCGGAAAGAUCCAAUACGCCGGCGGCCCCGUCUACACAAUGGCCCUCCUCGGCUUCAAAGUCUCCCUCCUAACCUCCUACCUCCGCAUCGGCGGCUUCGUCAACACCUACAAAAACAUCAUCCUCGCCGCCAUCGCCGCCUGCACCAUCAACCAACUCAUCUUCACCUUCCUGCUGCUCUUCGCAUGCAAUCCCGUUGCGAAACAAUGGGACACUACACUUCCGGGACAUUGUCUAAACACGGUCCCUAGUUAUUAUGGGUUAGCGGGCACGAGUCUGGGCUUCGAUAUAUUGAUUAUUGCAUUGCCGUUGCCGGUAUUGGGCAAUCUGCACUUACGGCGGAAGCAGAAGAUCGCGCUGAUGGGGGUUUUUGCGCUCGGUUUCUUCGUCACGAUUAUUCAGAUCAUUCGCAUUUUCACGGUCAAGAAUCUCAAGACGUAUACGGACUCGAGGCCGAUUGUUAUUUGGUCGGUUAUUGAGAUUUCGCUUGGUGUCAUUUCGACAUGCAUCCCAACCUACGCCCCCCUCUUCCGCGCCUUCACCUCCCUCAACUCCUACUACAACCGCUACGGCUACAACUCCGCAUGACAAAUCGCGCCUCGCGCCGGCACACAAACGCACACACAAACACCCAAAGUACAUCUACCAGCUGGUUAGAUCGUGAUCUUGAGAUUUUAGAUGAUGGUACCACGAUAGGGAAGGGGGGCGGAUUUGAAACGACGAUCAUGAGCGUGAAUACGCCGAUGAGUUCGACGUUUCCUGGGAGUUCUGUUGGUGAGACGAGUGUGGGGAAGGCGAGGGAUUCGGACUCGGAGGAGUUGAUUAAGAGGAGUGCAG